AUGUGCAAUAUUAGAGUAAGUGCUGAAGAUGAUUCUGGUACAAAAAGAGAAGAAAUAAAAUGCUUAGUGACCACGAUCGCUGAGUCAACAGUCACCCUCCCUCAGAGCAAGCGAGAGCAUCUGCUGCAGCUUUGGGAUCCUGAAUCUGGGGGUAUGCUGGAGAAAGCUAGCAGUGGGUCUCGUCUCACAGAUACUUCUUUCGGAAGACGUUGCAUUGAAGAUCUUUUUAAUGAUUUCCGAGAUGGACGAAGACUUCUGGAGCUCCUGGAAUGCCUUACAGGCCAAAAACUUGCAAAAGAAAAAGGCUCCACAAGAGUUCAUGCUCUGAACAAUGUCAACAAAGCACUGCAGGUUUUGCAGAGAAAUAACGUUGAUUUGGUAAAUAUUGGCAGUUCGGACAUUGUGGAUGGAAAUCAUAAGCUGACCCUUGGUUUGAUCUGGAAUAUAAUCCUCCACUGGCAGGUCAAAGAUGUAAUGAAAAACAUCAUGGCUGGAUUGCAACAGACAAACAGUGAAAAGAUUCUGCUGAGCUGGGUCCGCCAAUCAACUCGGAAUUACCCACAGGUCAAUGUUAUCAAUUUCACCAGUAGCUGGGCUGAUGGAUUGGCUUUCAAUGCUCUCCUCCACAGUCACAGACCAGACCUAUUUGACUGGAAUGCUGUUGCUUCUCAACAGUCACCUGUACAACGAUUAGACCACGCAUUCAAUGUAGCCAGACAACAUUUGGGCAUAGAAAAACUACUUGAUCCUGAAGAUGUUGCAACUGUCUGUCCAGAUAAGAAGUCCAUCUUCAUGUAUGUGACUUCCCUCUUCCAAGUUCUGCCCCAGCAAGUCACCAUGGAAGCCAUCAGGGAGGUGGAAACAUUGCCACGACCCUCAAGGAUCACUAGAGAAGAGCACAUAGAAGUUCAUCAUCAACAACGUUUUUCGCAAGGAUUUGUAGAAACUGUUGAAGAAAAGACAUUUAGCACCACACUGACAAGAUCAGAAAUGGACCUUGACAGCUAUCAAACUGCUUUAGAGGAAGUACUCACAUGGCUUCUCUCUGCUGAAGACGCAUUACAAGCACAAGGAGACAUAUCCAAUGAUGUAGAAGUUGUUAAAGAACAGUUUCACACCCAUGAGGGUUUUAUGAUGGAAUUAACAGCCCACCAAGGACGUGUCGGCCAUGUUUUGCAAGUUGGAAGUCAACUUCUGUCACUUGGGAAACUUUCAGAUGAUGAAGAAAAUGAAAUCCAAGAACAAAUGAAUCUACUUAAUUCUCGAUGGGAAAGUCUCAGGGUAGCCAGCAUGGAAAAACAAAGCAAUUUACAUAAAAUUCUAAUGGAUCUUCAAAAUCAACAGCUAGCCCAGUUAGGUGACUGGCUAACAAAAACAGAGAAAAGGACAAAGACAGUUGAUUCAGAGCCCUUAGGUCCCGAUCUAGAGGACCUGAAGCGUCAAGUAGAAGAACAUAAGGCAUUUCAAGAAGAUUUGGAACAGGAGCAAAUCAAGGUGAAUUCCCUUACCCACAUGGUAGUGGUGGUGGAUGAGAACAGUGGAGACAAAGCUACCGCUGUGCUGGAAGAACAGCUUCAGCACUUCGGAGAGCGGUGGGCUGCCAUCUGCAGAUGGACAGAAGAUCGAUGGGUCCUUCUGCAAGAUAUUCUUCGUAAGUGGCAGCAUUUUGCAGAAGAGCAGUGCCUUUUUGAUGCCUGGCUUGCUGAGAAAGAGGAUGCUGUGAGCAAAAUUCAUACAACUGGCUUUAAAGAUCAAAAUGAAAUGCUGACCAGUCUACGCAAAUUAACUAUCCUGAAAGGAGAUCUAGAAAUGAGAAGACAAACGCUGGGUAAGCUGAAUGCGCUCAGCCAAGACCUCCUUGCAGCUGUGAAAAAUAAAGCUGUGGCUCAAAAGCUGGAAAGUCGCCUGCAAAAUUUUGCUCAGCGCUGGGAUGGCCUUGUGCAGAAGUUAGAGAGCAAUUCUAAGCAGAUUUCACAGGCUGCCACUACCACUCAGACAUCACUAACACAGACAACUGUGAUGGAAACUGUAACUAUGGUGACCACGAGAGAACAAAUCCUGGUUAAACAUGCGAAAGAGGAACUCCCACCACCUCCACCCCACAAAAAGAGGCAGCUCCUUGUGGAUUCGGAAAUUAGGAAGAG